AUGCUUCAACGCAGUUUUGUUGUGCGUUGGGUUCCACGUUACAUCCGUCAGGUUCCUCGGGUGCGACAGAAGAAGGAGCAACGAGAUGCGGUGGCCAUGGGGCGCUCGAAAGCCCCUUCAAAACGACGCGCGGAGUGUUCAGCCGUAAGUGAGCGUGAUGGAGGAGUGGCGAGGGCGGCACAGGCAAAGCGGCUUGAAAUAACUGAGGAGGGAUCGACUGUGUUGGAAUCACCUGUUUCUGACGUGUCACGCCUGCUGCUGCGGAAGGCAGAAACUCUUCUUGAUUCCUGGCAAAAGUUAAACAUGACGAUGACAAUCAGCGGUAGCCGGAGCGAUUCUUUAAUGGGGAUGAAGAACUCGUCUUCAAGUCAAAAGCGAGAUGCUGUGGCAUUUAUGGCGCAAACUGAAGUCUUUGCCGUUGUUAAGGGCAUGAUUCACUUGUCGACGCCUCACGAAGGCAGUUUGAAUCGAUGCGAAGAGGACAAUAAACACGACAGCCUACGGCAGAACGCAUUUCAGGAAUACAGAUCUACUAAUAUUAUCAGCGGUAUGGUGGUCAUCCCCGAUGAGGCCACGAACGAUGCAGUGAAUUAUUUGGCGCAAAUAGGGAGGCAUCGCGUGGGCAAAGUGCAAGACAAAGUUGCUUCAUUGGAUGAUUCAUUCCCCAUCUCAUCUGCAAUUUUCUCUUUGCAUGAAGUUGUGGUAUUUCUCGAACUUUACAAUGCCAUGGAUUGUGAAGAUGGUGAGUUGCUUCUGCGGUUACUUGAGGAAUUACGACGCAUCGUCUUUUCCACAGAGAAAGAAAUUCGUACUGAAAAUCAUGUGUUGAGGGAAUGUGAAGAGGGUGUCAUCCCACGGCUCCUCCUUACGCUCUCUAGUCUUGGGAUAGUGGAAGAGAACGUCCUGCAACGAAUUGUAGCCAUCAACGAUGGGUCCAUUUUGUCCAGAGCGACGAUUGCUCGAUAUCCGGAAUCCGAUCUUAUUCGUUUGCUGGUUGCGUUUAACCGCUUUGGCCUUCACCAUGAGCCCUGUUUUCAUGUGACGGCAAAAACGUUAAGACGCAAUUCGUUGCGUAACCCGCUCAAGUCGUUUUGUAGAAAUGCCGUGAACUGUAGGGUGGAUGCUGCCCCCUUAGGAGACGGGGAAAAAAGGAGUCGCAUUCCUUCCUCCAUGGCCGGACUUACCAUGAAUGAAUUGCUGGAAGCACUGACAGCCAUAGCGCUUAGUUUGUGCCGGGAGAGGGAGGUUGUAAAGUUACUCGCGGCAACGAUUGUUACCGCCGUCGAGGACGAGGAAUAUAUGAGGUGUUCGACCAAAGAAAAGGCAAAGACACGAGAAGAAGACUUGGGUUUGCUUCGAACGCUACAAGUCCAUCGUGCGGCUAAAGUUUGUGAGCAAAUGGAUAUGCCCCAGCCAUCGCUGGCACACCUGCUCCAUCGACUUUCUAUUCGUUAUGGCGGGCUACUUGCUGAUGGUGGCGACGUUUCGUUGAGCCCAGAGCGGGUUGGAUUCUACGACUUCAUCACGGCGGAUUUGGUGAAGGCUCGUUGCAGCUGA